GCAGUGGGCAGGCCCCAGGGAUCAAGCCACCCCGCACCCAAAGCCUAGGUAGUUCCCCCACUUCCAGCAACAGCUUGAGGUCACGCUUCCUCACUGCAUCAACUUCGUCAUCCCAUCCGCCUGGCAACCUCACAACAUCAGCGCUGCCCACAAUGAAAAAACCCUACACUUCAACUACAGUUCUAAUCGAGCGCCUCACCUCGGAAGAAUACUCCGAAAAUGACUACAGCGGGCUCCCAGAGCUUAUCGAAUCAAUAAAGCUUCAAGACAGCGGCCCCACCGAAGCCUCACGCGCGAUCCGCAAAAAACUGAAAUACGGCAACAUCCACCGGCAACUCCGCGCGCUCACUCUCCUUGACGCUCUGAUCUCCAACGCGGGAGCGCGGUUCCAGCGCACAUUCGCUGACGAACCCCUCCUCGAACGGCUGCGCCUCGCCGCAACAGAAUCCACUACCGAUCCUGAUGUGAAAGCCAAGCUCAAGGAGCUGUUUAUCCAGUGGAACAGGGAGUACAAGGAUACAUCCGGGCUCCAGGGCAUAGCGAACCUGCACAAGCAGUUCCCGAGGAAACAGCGACAGCCGACCACGGUUACGAAGCCCCCGCCGCCUCCACCGGCGCCGAGCUCACCCCCGCCCCCAAGGAGGGGGAGUCCCGAGGGUGGGAGUAGUGGCGGGGGAGGAGGUAUAGGAACUGGCUGGAGAAGCUCCCAUAAGAAGUCCGCCUCCAAAUCGAAAUCCAAGCCCGCACCAGCGUUCAACCUGGAGAAAGAGAAGCCACUGUUAAACCAGGCGCUCGCGAAUUCCACAAUCGCGAGCACAAACCUGAAGAACGCCCUGAAGCUGAUCAACCGCGAGAAGGAGCGGCCCAGCGAACAACGGGAGAUCGUCACGCACUUGGAGGCGUGCAAGAACCUGCGGCAGGGCGUGUUGCGGUACAUCCAACACGUCGAGAGCGACCAGUGGCUGGGAAGUCUGAUCAACGCGCAUGAGGAGCUCACGAUUGCGAUCGAAAUGUUUGAGAUCUGGGAUAAGCCGAUUGAUCAAGAUAGCGAUAGCGAGGAUGAUUGGAAUAAGGAUGAUGAUGACGACGUGGCGGAGAGGAUGGGGGCGCUCAAGGUUACGGGAAAUACGAGUCCACCCAUGCCACCGCGUCCAACACAACUGCCGAAAGGCAAAGAUCCGGUCCCCGUCGAGGAUGAUGAUGAGGAGGACCCAGACGAUCCGUUCGGAAAUCAGUAUGAAGUCGUUGAAGAUGAUGGCACGAAAUGGAGAGUAGUGUGAACGGACUGGGGGGAGUGCGUUAGAUGUUUGGAAUGAGGUUUCGUUGUUCGCGUGUGUUGAUUUCCUUGUUUUGUUGCUUGUUUGAGGUGGGGCUGUUUGGUAAAGCGUUUGAAGCGGUGUUUUUGCGGUAACGAUGUGCUUUUGAGGCAGAGAGGUGGCCACAGUUAGAUGGCGGGCAUCGUACAUGGUCUGGUGCCCACAAUAUAUGUGUCGAAGACAAAAGACCGUUCGACUGCUUCAUAUCGGAUGGCCAUCGAGUCCUUUCCGACCCUUGGUGUAUGGACGGGUUAUCUCCUUUAAUCACGUACAUAAGAUCCCCGAAGAAACGCUUCGACAACGAAGUUGGUCG